UAGAAUGCCGCCUCUUCUACCAACUUCACCGGCACAGCCGAUUCCCAAGUUCCACUUUCCUCAAAAUUCCAAAUUUGUUUCGCGGAAUCUCAGAGAUACAAAUAGCCUUUGCUACCUCCAUUUAUCGCGGUCUUUAAUUUUAUCAGUUCCUGCCGCCGUUAAACCAUCUCUCAGAACGCUUACUGCAGAAGCUUGUCUUUCGCCGCCGAAAAUGGUCAAAGCUGUCAGAGUUCAUGAGCUGGGAGGGCAUGAGGUCCUAAAGUGGGAUGAUGUGGACAUUGGAGAACCAAAAGAAGGUGAGAUUCGUGUGAGGAACAAAGCUGUUGGGGUUAAUUUUAUUGAUGUCUACUUUCGGAAAGGAGUUUACAAAGCACCAUCGUUGCCCUUCACUCCAGGUAUGGAGGCCGUGGGGGUUGUGACAGCUGUGGGUCCUGGGCUAACUGGUAGGAAGGUUGGAGAUGUUGUAGCUUAUGCCGGUCAACCAAUGGGCUCAUAUGCUGAAGAGCAGCUUCUUCCUGCAUAUAAAGUAGUCCCUGUGCCUGCUUCUAUUGAUCCAGUUAUUGGGGCAGCUAUCUUACUAAAGGGCAUGACUGCUCAUUUUCUAGUUCGACGUUGUUUCAAGGUUGAACCUGGUCACACAGUUCUUGUCCAUGCUGCAGCUGGUGGAGUUGGGUCUCUAUUGUGUCAAUGGGCAAAUGCUCUUGGUGCAACUGUUAUAGGGCUUGUAUCAAACAAGGAGAAGGCAGCUCAAGCCAAGGAGGAUGGAUGUCAUCAUGUUAUUAUUUAUACAGAAGGGGACUUUGUCGCUUGUGUCAAUGAAGUUACUUCUGGCAAUGGAGUUGAUGUGGUCUAUGAUUCUGUAGGGAAGGACACAUUUGAGGGAUCAUUGGCAUGCUUAAAGCUGAGAGGGUAUAUGGUAAGCUUUGGUCAGUCCUCAGGCACACCUGACCCAGUCCCCUUAUCUGCACUGGCUACAAAGUCGCUCUUCUUGACCCGGCCCACCCUAUUUCAAUAUGUUGUGACUCGGGAUGAACUAUUAGAGGCAGCUGGAGAAGUAUUUGCUAGCGUGGCUUCAGGCGUCUUGAAGGUGAGAGUCAACCACACAUACUCAUUGUCGGAGGCAGCCAGAGCACAUGCAGACCUGGAGAGCAGGAAGACAUCAGGUUCUAUUGUGCUCAUACCCUAAAUAUGUUUUGAACCUUCCGCUGUACUACUGUUGCUUUUCUUAAGAAUGUAUGCUUGUCAUUGUAAAUAUGGUCUCACUAUUGUGUUCAUGUGAUUUUUAAAUUCAUCCUUAAUGCUAUUUUUGGAGAAGAACGAGCUUGGAUUUAGUUGAUGUUAUGAAGGCCUACUCCUUCGGUUGGUUUCAGUAAUAUAUACAUUUUUCUUUUUGCCAACAUUAA